CGCAAUUUUAUAUAGAUAAAGAAGGGUCUGAAUCUGCAGAUUGUCCGUCUUAUCUUAUCGUGUAUAUGAUUUAACACCAAGAGUAAUUGCUUUUUUCCCUUCCCUUCCCUUCCCUUUCCUUUCUUUUUUUCUGAGUGAUCUAUUUCCCUUUUCUUGGCUUUACCGAAUUAAGUUCGUAUCAUGCAGCCAUGUUAGCCUUUGUCUUCCUUUUAUUUUCCGACAUAUCAUGCUGCGAGCUGUGCUGGAAAUUGCACGGGAUUUAAAUAUGAUAUUGCCCUUCAUUCUGGCUACAGACAUUUGUCAUUUCCAAGGGUUUACUACCUAGCACACUCCUGGGAUUUCAAUUCAUUCCCUCUGACCCACGAUACCCUCUUUCUCAAGCAUAUGCCUUUUCGCUCUUCGUCUUUAGUGAUUAAUCUAAUCACUACUAGGCAGCAUGGCCAUAUUUACGAGUAAUAUGUCACCGGCAUUUAUACUAAAGCUCUUGGCAUGGCCUUUGCUGCCUGUAAGCACUCCCAGACUUCCUAGUGAUGUCUUCGUACUAACAAAUGAUCAGUAUCUUCUUAUCCGUAUUAUCUACAAUGUCUUCUUCCAUCCUCUUAAACACUACCCAGGACCUCGUAUCAUGGCUGCUAGCCGCAUCCCCAUAUUCUGUCUAGUCUUGACGGGUAGAUCCGCCACUUGGUUGACGAGGCUGCACGCAGCAUACGGCCCAGUGGUGCGCGUGGCUCCAAAUGAGCUUAGCUACUCCAGCGCACGCGCCUGGAAAGAUAUUCAUUCUAGUACCUCGGCUCAUCCUGUCGGUCUACCCCGAGAUAUGGCAUUCUUCAAGGCACUUGGGGAUGAAAAGGGUGCCCCUACAAUCCUCUCUGCCGACAACCAGGAUCAUGCCAGAAUGCGGCGUGUAUACGCUCGAGCCUUCUCAAAGCAGGCGCUGGCUGCGCAGGAGCCUAUAAUGCUUCAGUAUGCUAGCAUGCUAAUAAGGAAGCUUUGUGAGGAAUCAAAGCAGACAGCAAAACCUGUUGACAUAAGCAAGUUCCUACAUCUAACACUUUUUGAUAUGAUGACGGAUCUGCAGUUCGGGGAAUCAUUUCGCCUGCUAGAUGACCCAACCUACCAGGCCUUUGCUCGCGCCUCACUCGUCAUAAUACCCGGUGCUACUAUACUUUCCGCUUUGGUGGACUUUCCCUUGGUCAGAAUCACCCUUCAACCAAUCGUCCGCAGGCUGCUCAAAAUACGACACAAUUACUUUACAGUCACAAAUGAGAGACUGGACAAACGACUCGCCUCAAAGGCAUAUCGCCCUGACCUGGUUCAGUUUCUUACGGAGGCACGAGCAGAUAGCCUAUCCACCGCCGAGCUACGUGCCAACGCACCACUCAUCAGCCUUGCAGGCUCUGAGACAACCACAGUGGCCAUCAACGGAAUGAUAGCCCAUCUGCUUCUUACCCCUCACAUUCUCACGCAGCUGCAGCAGGAAGUUCGGACAAAAUUCCGUAGCAGUUCCGACAUCACCAUGAAAGCCAUGGCAGGAAUGCCAGUUCUGGAGGCCUGCAUCAAGGAAGCUCUUCGGGUGUAUCCCGCAAUUCCCAUUAUGCCUGCUCGCGUAGUGCCGUCCUCUGGGGCCAAUAUCGCCGGACAAUGGGUCGCGGGUGGAACUCGCGUUUACAUCACUUCCCUCGCGGCUUUCCACUCGGCUGAUAACUUUCAUAACCCCGAGGCCUUUGCGCCUGAACGUUGGUAUAAGACGACGGAGAGCGAGGCUGCAUUCAAGGAUGAUGAAGAUGCCUAUAAACCCUUUUCUAUCGGACCGUAUAAUUGUGUCGGUCAACAUAUGGCACCCUAUCUCAUGUCUCUGAUGAUUUGCCACUUGGCUCUGCACUUUGACUUUGAAGUAUCUACAGACCCAAGGACGUGGCUUUCGACGCAAAGAUCAUGGAUCGUCUGUUAUAACCCAGCUCUGACCGUGAAGCUGACGCCAACCAAGGCAGUUGAUUGCCUAACGCUAGGGGAGGGUAUCCGGUAGCCAACAAUGGUAUUUUCAAACCUGCUAGGGUAGCUUUCUAGGGCCAUGCGUCUCGGCCCGCUGUUUUGGAUACUCCCCACAAUGAAUCCAGCUUUAUGGUUGUGGGACUCAUUUGACAUAUUGAUGAGAGAAACGCGAAAAACACAGCUGUUCAAUUUGACAGUACCAUUUUCGACUGGAGAAUGGGGUAGCUAUUUAUGACAAAAAUAUUAAAAAGGGUACUAGAAAAGAAAUCCUCCAUCGGCAGACUAUAACCACUGUCCUCCACACCCUGCUG